UUCCCUCUCUCUCUCUCCUCCAAGCCCUAGAUUUUCUCUCUCGUUCUCGUCCAUUAUAUUUCUCGAGAAAAUGGCAAAUGCAGCAUCUGGGAUCGCUGUACAUGAUGACUGCAAGCUGAAGUUUUUAGAAUUGAAGGCAAAGAGAACCCAUCGCUUCAUUGUCUUCAAGAUUGAGGAGAAGCAGAAGCAGGUGAUUGUGGAGAAGCUCGGUGAGCCAACUGAUAGUUACGAGGACUUUGCUGCAAGCCUUCCUGCUGAUGAGUGCCGAUAUGCUGUCUAUGAUUUUGAUUAUGUAACGGAUGAGAACUGCCAGAAGAGUAGGAUUGUUUUUAUUGCAUGGUCUCCUGAUACAUCCAAAGUGAGAAGCAAGAUGAUUUAUGCUAGCUCCAAGGACAGGUUCAAAAGAGAGUUAGAUGGUAUUCAGGUAGAGUUGCAAGCUACAGAUCCUACAGAAAUGGGUCUUGAUGUUAUUAGAAGCCGAUCAAAUUGAAUGCAGGAAUACCUACAAUGUGAUGGAGAAGGCCAUAUUAUCGGGUCACUAAGUUUAAUGUUUAAUAUAUUUUGAACCUAGAAUUUGCUUCUUUAAGCGUGUAUCUAUAAUAUUUGUGGAUUUACGGGGAGAGUAUCCCCUUUCAGUGUGAUAUUUACGAACAAUUUAUAUGAUGUUUUGUGGGGUAUAGUUCUCAA